AUUUGAGAACAUGGCUGCUGACAUGUCUCACUGAUUUACGUUUUUGGUCAUCAGUGCCGCUCGAAGUUUGAUAGUACUAAAAGGCUUGUCUGUGCUAAUGGGGUUUCUAUGUGACACAAACGCAGCCUGUCUGUGGUGAUGCUUUAUGAAGUCUUAGCCAAUAAUGAAGAGGCAAGUUGGAUGGGGCUAAAAGGAAAACUGUAGUUUUAACCAGGCUUGAGAGACGAGGCUCAUUAAUGUCAACCCCAUCUUUGAUUUCCACUAAGGGUCACAUCACAAAUAAGGAAGUGAAGAAUGCUGAUCGAUUGCACACAUUGUUAUAGAAGAUUGUUCCUGCAGCUUUUUUUAUCAUCACUUUUAGUAGGUCAAUGAAAACUUUUAUUCAGUAGUUUCUAACUUACUUAAUUAAUGAUGGUUUAGGGUUAAUGUAAACAAUAUUAAAGAAUUGAAAUUUAAAAACUGAAAGACUUGCCCACACAAAAAAGCACUGUUCAUUGUAAAAUAAACGUUUUUCAUAGUGAAAAUUGUAGAUAUUUCACAAAUCUUCAUAAUAACUAAUCCAUAAUACAUCAUUUUAUCCUUACUCUUUUUCAGAGGAAGCAUGAAGCAGGAAUAAAAGCUAGACAACAACAAACAAAUGAACUGCUUUUAAAACAACAACAAAAAAAAACAUUGUUCAUUAAACAUUUUUGUUUAAAAAAAGCUGUUCUUCCUAAUUAUUUCCAUUGAUGUAGAACAUUGCUGAUCACUAGUGAAUUUUUGUGAAUGGAGCAAUUUGUGACCAAAGAAUGACGUCAUUGUAUGCGCAAUUCCCUUUAUCACUUUCCAGAAUGAAUCGUCACGGGAUUGGCCACAUCCUGAAUCAUGGACAGUCUCCCAUUGGCUGUUGGAAGAUCAUUAAACACCCACAUUGUCAAUAGUGGGACCCUAAUGGUGGGUAUAUAGGCAGCCGUCUUGCAGCUGAAUGCAACAGACACUAAAUUUCAUCAACUUGAAUUAACCCUUCGAUUUGCUACCCUUAACAAUUUUCUACUUCCAGCGAGCUGUAACAUUACCAGGAACACUAAAUUCAUUGCUACAGUGCACCAUGGUUAUGCUGAAGAUUUCUGCUUUCUUUGUUGCCUAUGCUUUGAUUAUCUGUCAGAUGUACUGCUCAGAUGCAGCACCAUCCAGGCCUGCUCUGGAGCCCUUACCAGAUGAAGCCCUGCUCUCUGACUAUGAGGCGCGGCGGUUGCUGAACGCAUUUAUAAAAGAGUUUGUCCAGAUGACUGCAGAAGACCUUGGUCAGCAGGAGACAGAGGAGAACAGUGUUACAGCACAGAAGCGAGCCUGUAACACGGCCACAUGUGUGACCCAUCGCUUGGCAGAUUUCCUGAACCGCUCAGGAGGAAUCGGAAGCAGCAAGUUUGUGCCAACCAACGUCGGAUCGCAUGCUUUUGGCCGGCGAAGGAGACUUAGUCAAGAGUAGACAUGAAUGUCUUAGCAAUAUGGUCACCAGGCAUUUACAGCUCUCUGCCGUGCCAUGAUCAAGAAAGAAUAGAAAAAAAAUUCAACAUGUGCAUUAAGAUCCCCGGGAAUGGACAUCAUUUCACUCAUCAUUUGAAUGGAUUCCUGUUGACUGCAUUGAUCUGUUAAACCCAACAGCCCAUUCUCAAUCUCUUAUUGUUUGGCUCUCUAAAAAAAUAAAGAAAGGGUUAAAAAAGCAAGAAAACAUCAACAUCCAUUUAAAAGUGAUCAUGCUCAUUUCCAAUCCGUUUAAAAAAUGGAGGAAGAGUGAUGAGAAUAACUGUUCAUUCUUAAUUGUCGACAGAGAGCACAUCGUGUGUACAGUACGCUGUGGCCCAUGUUCCUCUGCUGCACGUCGCAGUAUUGUAGGGAUGAAAUUAAAGCAGUGCCUUGAAAAAGGCUUCCCUGACUUAUGGACGUGUCUCGUGCCUUGAUGUAAAUCCACUUUACAUGCCGCUAUUGUACAGAAUGUCUGACGCAGAAAGAAGGAGUUGCAAUCGAUGAUAAUGGCAAAAUUGUAACAAUUGUGAAUCUGAGCAAGAUUAAAAUGUAUUUUAGAUACAUAAGAUUUGGGUUGUUGUUUCAUUGCCUUGUUCAAGUGAUAAUUCUGCCCCACUCUCACAGUACACCAUAUAACACACCACCCUCUCAUCCUCAGAUAAUAGAUAGGUCAUGCAUAGAUUUAUAAAUCAUGUAAAGUUGUUAAUGAAUAAAAAGAUAAAUGUGUGAUUAGACAACCAGAAGUCUGGCUUAUAAAAGGACAGAGUUUUCCUAGCCUGACUCCCAAAUGAACCAUGGAGUGAUGUGGAAGUAUGUAAACACAAAGUCCAAAUAAAUAUAAAUCAGAAAUAACGGGCUAAAUAAGAACAGAGGAACAGCAAGAGCGUGUCUAUUGAUCCCUAAGGAACAAGAGUAUGCUCAUUGUGCUGCAUGUUAUUUUUGCUUAUUAGGCCAUCUGAGCAUUUUUAAAUGACAGCAGCCAUCUCGCACAAAGCCCUCGAGAACGGCCUGUCAUCAUUCUGCUUAUUCUCAAUAGUGAGCUGGAGCUAAUUAACAAGUUACUUUUCCACUGCUGAUACUUUUCCACGCAUGAGCACAUACUGUUUAAAUACAUAUCAAUUCCUACACAUUUAUUUAUAUAUUUGUUUGUUUAUUUGUUUGUUUGUUGAAUGAAGCAGAAAAAGAUACUGAUGAGGAUGAUGGUGAUGAGGAUGACAGUAAUAACAUUACAUUUGGGAGGAAAAGUUAGCAAGGUAACAAACUUCAAAGUACUUCAGAAAGAUGUAGACUUAUAUUUUAUAUUUUUUGCAUUACUUUGUCAGUAGAAAACAGUACCAUUUAAAAUUUCCAAACAGUAAUGAACAAUUUUGCUUUG